UCUUCCUUCUCUCCAAUCUCUGAUUUUUCUUUCCUCUUCAGUCCCCCCCAUUUAAUUUCCUUCUCUUCCUUCUCUUUUCCCCCUCAACCCUAUCCACCCCUUUUCUUUAUUUGAUUUUAGUGCUGUUUCCUCUACCCCUGGGGGACCGUCUGUGUGUCUGAAGAUUUCAUUCCUGCCCCAUUCCUCUCCCUCCCACCUCUCCAUCCUCCCGCUCCACUUUCCGCUCCUCCCGGAGCUUGAAGAAGUGGUUCUCGGAACAACCUCAAAGGGCUGAACGCAUUGGGCAGCAGACGGGGCGCGCAGGGCGGCCGGCUUGCGUGGCGGGCCGUCUGACGAUGCCGCUCGCCCGGCCCGCAUCCCCGCGCCCCUCCGGCUCCCCCGCAUCGCCCUGGCACCGCUCCCGCUGACCAAGCCGCCGCCGGGGCCGCCUGGGCAGCCCCCCCAGGCCCCCCGCAUCUCCCAGCGCCGGCCCAGCCAGGUCAUGACCCGGGGCGCCCGGCGGGACCGAAGGACCAGCGCCGGGAGGGAGUGGAGAUAGCCCGCCCCCGGGGAGCCCCCCGGCCCCUUCCCAUCCCGAGGAGAAGCCGCGCCCAGACGAGAGAGGGGCUCUCGGGGAAGGGGCAGAGCCAUGGCCACCCUCAUCCGGAGCAAGCUGUCCAACGUGGCCACUUCGGUCUCCAACAAGUCCCAGGCCAAGGUGAGCGGCAUGUUCGCCCGGAUGGGCUUCCAGGCGGCCACGGACGAGGAGGCGGUGGGCUUCGCCCACUGCGACGACCUGGAGCUGGAGCACCGGCAGGGGCUGCAGAUGGACGUCCUCAAGGCUGAGGACGGCGGGGAGCCCCCCGUCGAGGGCGAUUUCCACUACCAGAGGGACGGGGCGGGACCCCGGACGCCCCCGGACGCCAAGGACGAGGGGGGCCGCGCCGACCUGUCCGGCCAGGACAAGCCCAAGAUCACCGCCUGGGAAGCCGGCUGGAACGUCACCAACGCCAUCCAGGGGAUGUUCGUCCUGGGCCUGCCUUACGCCAUCCUGCACGGCGGGUACCUGGGGCUGUUUCUGAUCAUCUUCGCGGCCGUGGUGUGCUGCUACACGGGCAAGAUCCUCAUCGCCUGCCUCUACGAGGAGAACGAAGACGGCGACGUGGUCCGGGUGCGGGACUCCUACGUGGACAUCGCCAACGCCUGCUGCGCCCCGCGCUUCCCCAAGCUGGGCGGCCGCAUCGUCAACGUGGCCCAGAUCAUCGAGCUGGUCAUGACCUGCAUCCUCUACGUGGUGGUCAGCGGCAACCUGAUGUACAACAGCUUCCCCAACCUGCCCGUCUCCCAGAAGUCGUGGUCCAUCAUCGCCACGGCCGUGCUGCUGCCCUGCGCCUUCCUGAAGAACCUCAAGGCCGUGUCCAAGUUCAGCCUGCUCUGCACCCUGGCCCACUUCGUCAUCAACAUCCUGGUCAUCGCCUACUGCCUGUCCCGGGCCCGGGACUGGGCCUGGGAGAAGGUCAAGUUCUACAUCGACGUGAAGAAGUUCCCCAUCUCCAUCGGCAUCAUCGUCUUCAGCUACACCUCGCAGAUCUUCCUCCCGUCCCUAGAAGGCAACAUGCAGCAGCCGGGGGAGUUCCACUGCAUGAUGAAUUGGACCCACAUCGCCGCCUGCAUCCUCAAGGGCCUCUUCGCCCUGGUCGCCUACCUGACGUGGGCCGACGAGACGAAGGAGGUCAUCACGGACAACCUGCCGUCCACCAUCCGGGCCAUCGUCAACAUCUUCCUGGUGGCCAAGGCCCUGCUGUCCUACCCGCUGCCCUUCUUCGCCGCCGUGGAGGUGCUGGAGCGCUCCCUCUUCCAGGACGGCAGCAGGGCCUUCUUCCCCAACUGCUACGGGGGCGACGGCCGGCUCAAGUCCUGGGGCCUGACCCUGCGCUGCGCCCUGGUCGUCUUCACCUUGCUCAUGGCCAUCUACGUGCCCCACUUCGCCCUCCUCAUGGGCCUGACGGGCAGCCUGACCGGGGCCGGCCUCUGUUUCCUCCUCCCCAGCCUCUUUCACCUCAAACUCCUCUGGCGCAAGCUGCUCUGGCACCACGUCUUCUUCGACGUGGCCAUCUUCGUCAUCGGGGGCAUCUGCAGCGUGUCCGGCUUCGUCCAUUCCCUGGAAGGCCUCAUCGAGGCGUACAGAACCAAUUCGGAAGACUGAGGUGGGGAAGGGCUGGAGGGGGCCCGCCGAGGCCGCCCCCUCCCUCCCCCCGGGGGUGGGGGGCGGUGGGGGGGACCAUCUACAAAACCGAACCACGUUGAGCAGCCUUCGGGAGACCAGACCCUCCAACUCCAUGCCAGGCACGCCCAUGAAAUCCAGUCCCCGCGACGGAAACACGAAUGCCGAGGACUUGCCCUGCCUUCUCCCUCCGCUUCCUUCUCAUCCCAUUCCUUUAUCUCUUUCUUUUUAAAUCCGAAGCUUUAAGUUGUAAAAUCUCCCUUUUGGUUUCUUCUUUCCGGAUCGCGUAGGAGCCCAACUCGAGGCUCCUUUGGUGGUUUUCUUGUCUCUUUUCUUUAACGGUUGGGGUGGCGAGCGCGUGUGAUGGGGAUCUGUGGGUCUUUGUCGAGGGAAAGCGCCCUUUCCUGGGGUGGAGCUGUUUGGCCUCUUGGGUGGCACGGGGGGACACUUUUAUGCAACGAAUGCUGGGCGUUUAAAGACCACUAGAGAGGGGCGCAACGUGUUGGUCAGGUACGCGACUUUGUGCUCCCGUGUGCGUGUGCGGGGGCGCGGGUGGAACUCAGACACGUGCUGCGCAUCUGGGGGGCGUCCAGGACACCAAAGCCACAGCGGCGACCCUCCAACGCUCAGCGGGAUUUGCACCUGGGGGUCAAUUUCCAACCGAUAAAACGCUCAGACUCUUCCACGUUUGAACCAUUUCUAGCAAAAAGCGCUUCCCAUUUUGUAACGUUUUUGCCUCCGGCUGGAAUCACAGACUCGAAAUUCUGUUUCGUUUCGGGGUCUUUCGUUUUGUUCUUAAUUUGAAGAAGAAGGAAAAAAAAAAAACCUCACACAUACGCGAGUUGUUGGUUCGGAAGUGUUCAGGAAACUAAACAAAAACCAUUUUGUGCAAUCUACCAGACCUGUGGAGCUGUUUCAAAUGUAUGUGUGGUGUAAUUGUGGUAAAUAAGAUGAAAAUGUAUAUCAGAAAAAAAUCUAUCUUUAACAUAUAACAUGGUACAUAAAUAUAUCAAGAAAUAAAGAGGAAAAAAAACUU